UGGGCGGCGUCGGCGAUGGCGCCGACCCGGAAGAGGCGCACGUCGUCGGCGGCGGCCGCCGCGGCCGCCGCCGCCGCGCAGUGGAAGGUGGGCGACCUCGUGCUCGCCAAGCUCAAGGGCUACCCGGCGUGGCCGGCCAUGAUAACUGAGCCGCAGGAAUGGGGGCAUUCUCCAAUGAAAAAGAAGUUGCUGGUCUGCUUUUAUGGAACUAAAGAGAUUGCUUUCUGCAAUUAUGCUGACCUUGAGGCGUUCACUGAAGAGAAAAAGAAAUCUCUACUUGUUAAACGACAUGGGAAAGGCGCAGAUUUUGUCCGAGCAGUUAAGGAAAUAGUAGAAAUUUUUGAUUCUAUGAAGAAAGAUGACAAUGAUAACAGUGGUUUGGGCCCUGCCAAAAAUAGCAGCAAUUUGGACACUGGAGGUCCUGAAGACGGUUCUGAUUUGGCCAAUGACAACAAGCUUGAUGGCAACCCUGCCUCUCCCAUGGAUCACAGCAUGGCCAGUACUCCUGGGUCCAAUAUUGCUGCAUUGGAGAGUGAACACUGUGUUGUGAACUCUGCACCUGAUGAGCCUACUAGUUCAUUUUCAAAGAGGAGACAAAAUAAUGCUCAGCAACUAGAUUCUUUUACUCAUGGUAAGCUUGCAUCAGCACGGAGGCCAAGAAGUUCAUUAAGUGCUGAUCAUAGGACCCGGGAUUCUUGUGGGCUGAAUGGUCCCAAUCUGCCUUCUGUUGACAUGAUCCUUGAGGAUAAGCAGGAAGGCUCUUCUCGACAUAAAUUUAUAGGCGAUGACAAAUCCAACUCGGAUUUUCUUUCAGCUAAGAAGGGUGUUAUGCUGUUCAGUUGCAGUCAAGGCACCUCAAGUCAAUCUGGAACCUCAGGGAAUGGUAAUGAUGAGAAAAACUCGAGUUCUGCAAAUGUAGAAAACACCCUCAAUGUUGAAGUAUGUCAAACUGUCAUGGAUAGAGAAGAUAAUCUGAAUGAAGUGCAAGAUAUUCCCACAAGCACAACAGUUACAUUUAAAAGAAAGCGAAAGCCAGACACAAAUGAUAUUAAUAAUUCUGUAAUUAGUAUGGUACCACAUAUGGAUGAAGAAUUGCAGCCUAAGUCAAGUGGAAACACACCAGAUUCUCCCAAUUCAGGGAAUGAUGUCAAUAAGUCAGAUGGAGAUGACCACUUGCCACUAGUGAAAAGGGCACGGGUUAGGAUGGGAAGACCCCAGCUGGAGGACUCCAUUGUUGAUGAGCCUGAUAUUUCUGAUAACAAAACGGAGUUGGCCAUGCCUGUAGAUCAAUGUUAUCAACAAGAACUUUCUUCAGUAGCGGGAAAGGAUUAUCCAGCUGAUGAGCCCCCCCCUGGCAUAGAUCCUUCACCUGAAGUAGACAUAUCUCUGGCAUCGGGAAAGGAUCAUUCAGCUGACAAGGUUCCUCCUAGCUUAGAUCCUUCACCCAAAGUAGACCUGUCUCUGGCGUCAGGAGAAGUUCAGACUGCUUGCAAUAACAAAGAAUGUCAAUCAAAGGUUCUGACAUUGGAUGGAGAAGCUGCUUUGCCUCCAUCUAAACGCCUACAUCGUGCCUUAGAGGCUAUGUCUGCUAAUGCAGCUGAAACUAUUACUGAUCCGCCAGAAGUGAAUAAGCCAAAGGACUUUAUCCUGAAGCCUAGCACAACUUCAAUAGCAAGAUCACCUUCUAAUAACUCUGCAGAUGCACCUCUCAAAAGUCCAAAAACUGCACCAACUAAAAGCUCGGAAAUUUGUGCAACUGCUUUAGAUACCCCAACUUCUCAAAAGUAUGACUCGCUACCAGUCAUAGUAAACAACGACUCCCCUUCGUCUGUUUCUUUGGAAUUUGCAAACGGCGACAAUCAUGAUCUUCCAAAAGACGAAGUUUGCAAUAGGGUUGAUGAUGUCUGUGGAAAGUCUCCAACCUGUUCCUUGGAGUCGAAAGAGCCUGCUGUUGUAUCUGAACUUGAUCAAUUGCCUUUGGGGAAAGCAAGUAGAAAUGAGCUGCCAGAUCCAAUUACCAACUCUAGUCAAGAUUUUAGCAAAAAUAUUGAUGGGUCAUCCUAUCCACUUGGCCCAGCAAAGACGGUUGUGUCAGGCGCGAAUGAAGAUUGCAAUACCUUGCCACAUGAUGAGCCAGUUUUGGCUGAACCAACAGUCUGUGUGGUUGAUAGAACAAGUGUCUCUUCGCUGGUUACUAAAGUUACAUGCGGCCAGUCUGUUGCAGGCGCCCAAGCAUUUGAAACGCAUGGUUCUUCAGCAAUGUCACUAAAAGAAUCUGACCGGAGAAUGAACCCAAAGGAUACUAGUUUAUCUCCGGACUCAAUGCCAAUGAAAGAACUUAUUGCGGCUGCACAUGCUCGGAGAUUGUCUCAACCAACUUCUUUCAUAGACAGUUUUUUAGAUUCCAAUGUUAUUUCACCUUCGGCGAAUAUACCUUCAGCUAAGGAAGGAUCAGGUGGCAGGUGUUCACCUUCAAAUAAUAAUACAAUAAGGUCUGCAUCAGAUAGGGUUCAUACUCAACAGAAUAGUGGUACAAUUCUUUUUGACGACAUGGAACAGAAGAGCUUGAACAAAUUACCAGGUCAUGAUGAAGCCAGGUCAGCACGUAGGGCCUUUGAAAAUUUCCUUGGUACAUUAACAAGAACAAAAGAAUGUAUAGCUCGUGCAACCCGUCUUGCACUGGAUUGUGCUAAGCAUGGCAUUGCUGGAGAGGUAAUGGAUGUCAUCAUUGAACGCCUGGAAAAAGAAUCAAAUUUGUAUAAAAGGGUGGACCUGUUCUUCCUUGUUGAUUCAAUAAUCCAAUGCUGUCGCAAUCAGAAAGGUGGAGUUGGCGAUGCCUACCCUUCUCUUAUCCAAGCAGUCCUGCCAAGAAUACUGUAUGCUUCAGCUCCUCCUGGAAAUUUUGCAUGGGAAAAUCGAAGGCAAUGUCUGAAGGUUUUGAAACUCUGGCUUGAGAGGAAAACCCUUUCAGAAUACAUCAUUCGUCAUCAUAUUAAAGAGCUUGAAGCUCUUAAUGAGGCAGCAUUUGGAACCUCUCGUCGUCCUUCAGGGACAGAGAGAGCUUUAAAUGACCCUUUGCGGGAUAAUGAAGGAAUGCUUGUAGAUGAAUAUGGAAGCAAUACUGGUUUCCAUCUUCCAAAUUUAAUCGGCACAAAACUACUUGAUGAGGAAGGAAGCUCCUCUGAGGAUAGGAGCUUUGAAGCUGUUACUCCUGAACAUGAAUCUGCUGGUGCUAAUGAGCAAGAAGGGGCUUCUCAAGUGGAUGGGGCGAAGCAUCGACUUGUCUUUGAAGAAGUGAAUGGUGAUCUCGAGAUGGAAGAUGUAGCCCCAUCAUCUGAAGCUAAAGUUAGGUCUGCACCUGAUCUAACUGAUGCUAGGUGUACAGUAACUAAUCGAAAUGUCAAUUCUGUUCCUCCGCUACCUGAUGACAAACCCCCAACUCCGCCCCCAUUGCCAUCAUCUCCACCACCUCUACCACGUCCACCCUAUCCUGUCUUUCAAGGUUCGCAGGUUCAAGGCGCAUCUCAUUUGGCAGCUGAUCGAGUCGAUCCAGAUAAUUUAAGAAAUGUUCAAGAUCAGCACCCUCAUUCUAUUCCAAACAAUCGAGGCAACAUGGAUCCUUGUGUGGUUCCGCUUCAGCCUCCGGUGCCCUAUACUUCUGGAUGUGCAGGGCAUACAAAUCAAAUACUUCCACCGCCACCGCUGCCUCCACCACCUCCUCCACCACCCAUCGCACAAUUCCAUCCUCCUGGACCCCAUGGAAAUUUUUCUGGCCCCCCAGUACCGCACCAUGGAAAUAACUUUCACCAUCCACCAUCAGCACCACUGCCUAAUAAUGCAUACCAUUUGCAUCCACCACCACCGCAUCCACCAGGUCCUCCAAAUCAGUUCCCAUAUAUGCCACCCGAACCCCAACAAAGAAUACAACCUUGGAAUUGUAAUUCUCCCUAUCCCGAGGGAUAUCAGUACAAUGGACAUGACAGAGGACCCCAUCCAUUCGACAGGAGACAUCACUUUGAUGAUAGAUGGCAUCACUUUGACGAUAGAGGGCGGCAUUUCAAUGAUGGAGGGCAUCAUUUUGAUGCUGGAGGACAUUACUUCGAUGAUGGACCAUAUCACUAUGAUGAUAGAGGGCAUCACUUCAAUGAUAGAGGACAAAUGCACCCUGAAGCUGUGGAUAGAGGAGGGUUUCCUCCACAUUUUGGACCAGAUCCCCCGUAUCCAGACCAUUUUGAUCAUGGGCGGCCCUUGGACCAUCCGCCAGGUCCUUGUGCCGGGUGGGCAAUGCCGCCUAGGAGAUCGAAGUUUCCUCCUGGCUCCAGACAUUCAAUGGAUCCUCCGAUUUCCCAUGAAGGAGGUUGGAGGAGGCAAGGAAGACACAAUAAUGAUAGAUUUCAUAGAUGACUAGGCAGAAGCUUUGUGUCUCGAUACUCAAACCAUGCUGAGCCUCAUCUGUGAUUAGCAGUAAUGGACUAAUGGUUACCGGAAGAGGGAUAAUUUCUGACUAUUUAAUGGUUAUAGAGUUUAGUUUUCUUUCUUUUCAUUGGUGAGCCGUGAAGAGAUCUCCAGUGUCUCCAUUCGCGGGUGGGCUUAGCAUGAAAUCUCUUUGCAAAAGAAGAGAUGGAACGGCCCCAGUUGUACAUAUGUAUCUCACCAUUCUUCUGCAAAUGCAGAAGCGGAAGGUACUCUAGAGCUGUUAUGUAUCAAUUUUUUUAGUUAGCCUUACAGUCUACCGUGUUACUGAGAAAUUCUUCAAUAUUGAUUCUCCAAUCAGAUAUCCCUUUGUAAUCCAACUGUCAUUUCAAGUACCUUCUGAAACCAUCUGACAGUGUAUAUGGCCAUAUUCUGGAUGUUUUUUUGGGCAUGCCAA